AUGAAGUUCUCUGGGUCUAAGGAGACUCACGGUGUCGCCGAACAAGUCAUCGAACUCCAGAACGACGUCUUACCAGAAACUCAAGUAGUCGACGAUAUCGGCAGGUUACAUCAAGCUCACCAAUAUGAUCCCAACCUUCCGGAUGAGGAGAUACAAAAACUAGACGAGGCCAUAAAGACCGGCAAUGUCGAACAAGCACUCGAGAUCGACGACUCCUUCACCAAAGAAUCACCAUAUGAGACCGUGCGUGCCGCCGUUCGCGAGACAGACGGCGAAGAGACCGCGAAUACAGUACGAGCAUGGCUACUUGGCUUCGUUUUCGUCACACUUUCGAGCGGAAUCAACAUGUUCUUGAGCAUGCGCAGCCCGGCAAUCACCAUCCCGACCGUGGUAAUCCUGCUGGUCGUGUAUCCCUGCGGUCAAUUUCUUGCAAAGGUUCUUCCCACCAGGAAGUUCAAGACAUUCGGUCUAGAGUGGACACUCAACACAGGCCCAUUCUCGAUCAAGGAGCAUACGGUUGUGGUUCUAAUGGCCAACGUCACCUAUGGCUAUGCUUAUAGCACGGACGCCCUUCUUGCUUUGAAAGCCAAGUCGCUAUACAACCUUGACAUGGGAUGGGGUUUCCAGAUACUGUUCACACUAAGCUCCCAAGUCAUUGGUAUCGCUUUCGCUGGGAUAUUCAGACGUUUUCUUGUGUGGCCUGCAGCUCUCAUUUGGCCUGCCAACUUCUCCAUGACAACUCUGUUGUAUGCUCUGCACGACAAGAGCAGACCCGAUCCUUCCAAAACAAACGGCUGGCAGGUCUCUCAGUAUCGCUUCUUUGUGUAUGUUGCUCUAGGCUCUUUUGCAUACUACUGGCUACCUGGUGUGAUCUGGCAAGGCCUAUCGGUUUUUUCGUUCGUUACCUGGAUCAGACCAAAUAAUGCUACCAUCAAUCAAUUGUUUGGAGGCUUCACUGGACUUUCGCUGAUACCGCUGACAUUUGACUGGACAUAUGUCACGGCAUAUCUCAGUGACCCACUCCUUAGCCCGACAUUUUCGCACCUCAACACCAUAAUUGGACUCGGAGUAUUCAUGAUCAUUACAACUCUAGGUGAGUCGAUGGCAGCCAACCCAAGAACUCUUCUUGGACGUAUUGCCGUAAAGCGAUGUCUAACAAGUUNNUUAGGUAUCUCGUAUACUGGAGCUCUCUACUCAGACUAUUUACCCAUCAAUACUUCUACAACUUUCGAUAAUUCCCAGGCAAAGUACAACGUCACCAAGAUUUUAGGACCUGGCUAUACAUUCGACCUUGAGAAAUACCAGAAAUAUUCGCCAAUGUUCCUUGCACCCACGUUUGCUCUAAACUAUGGUUUGAGUUUCGCCGCACUGAUAGCUGCAAUUGUACACACUAUUGUCUAUCACCGCGGUGAGCUUUGGACCAGACUACGUCUUGCCAGGCAACAGGAGCCUCAGGACGUCCAUAUGCGACAUAUGGCCAGAUAUCGUGCGGCGCCGGAUUGGUGGUAUGGCGUUUUGUUCCUAGUAGCUACAGCCUUCGGGCUUGCCACCGUUCUAGGCUUUUCUUCUCAGUGUCCUUGGUGGGCGUACUUUGUAUCCUUGAUCAUCGCACUCGUCUUUAUCAUUCCAUGUUGCAUGAUCCUCGGCAUCACCAACAUUCAAUUGUCGCUGAAUGUCAUUUCACCCUACCUGGCUGGCUUCAUGAUUCCGGGACGCCCGAUCGGAGUCAUGAUUUUCAAAGUUUACAGCACCAUUGUGCUGGGCCAAGCGCAGACUUAUAGCCAGGACCUCAAAUUGGCACAUUACAUGAAGAUUCCGCCCCGGAUUACCUUCUGGUCGCAGGUCGUCAUGACUUUCUGGGCUUCCAUCGUCCAAGUGGCAGUCAUGAACUGGACUCUGGGCAACAUCGACAACGCAUGUGCUGCGAAUCAAGCUUCCCAUUUUACCUGUCCUAAUGGUCGCACUUUCUUCUCAUCGAGCAUUACGUGGGGAGUCAUUGGUCCUCGACGUAUGUUUGGACCUGGCUCCAUCUACGCCGCGUUUAACUGGUUCUGGCUGGUCGGCGCAUUACUGCCCAUCGCAUUCUAUGUCUUGACUAGAGUGUUCCCACAUAAGCGACUGCGUUUCUUACAUGCUCCAGUCAUGCUUGGAGCGAUGUCCUGGUUGCCGCCCGCUACACCUCUGUCCUUCACUUCCUGGGCGUUUGUGGGCUUGAUCUUCAAUUGGUGGAUCCGUCGACGAUGGAAUGGUUGGUGGAGUCAUUACAACUAUAUCACUGCUGCUGCGCUGGACUCUGGCCUCAUCAUUGCUACGCUGGUUAUCUUCUUCGCGAUCACUUUGCCUGAAGUUGAGGUACCGAACUGGUGGGGCAAUGUGGGUGUGUUUGAGACGAUGGAUGCUUUGGGUACUGCGAUUCGGAAGACUGUUGCUGAUGGUGAGACGUUUGGGCCAACAAAGUGGUGA